UUUGUUUUGCUCUGCUCAUCCUAUACCAAUGUCAAAGAGCUAAUGGAGUAAAAAACUAAACUUGCUGUUGACAGUCAUUGCAGUAUGUGUGUGACCAACUCUGCAAGCCAGAACAAAGGAAAAAAAAAACUUUAAAAAUGAAAAGAACUGUAUCUUGUUACUCUGUAUAGCUAUCAGCACCACUGAUGCUUGAAUAUUUCUUUCGAGUCAUUUAUUUUUUUUUUUUUAAAAAGCAAAAGAAGACUUUCUGCUGACACCACUUUUUUUCUUUUUAAUUGUAGCAGAUCAAACAGUACUUUCUUUGGAAUUAAGGAAAGAAAAAAAAAUGUGUUGGAUUUAACCUAGCUUGCGUUAUCUAAACAUCAGAGGUGUCUAUGUAAACAUAAAACAUAUUUUCAAAAAGGGUAAGCUCUAUGUGGGAUCUGAAUUGGAAGAUUUUCAUCUGAUAGAGCUGAAAGGUGGACAGGUUUUGUUUGUCUGCAGCCAGAAGUAAGAAAAAUUAAAAAAAAAAAAGAAAUGUUCAUGUGCAAAUCCACAGCAUGCUGGUUUUGAAUGGAGGACCUUCAGGAGUGACACCUAUGAAGCCAGGUUCACUGCAGCGCAGUAGGACUGUUUACUGUAUCUCUGUCACGUUGAUUAGGGGUGAGCAGGGCCGGCUGGGGGAGGCGGGGAAAGACGAUGCUCAGCCUGCCUCGGCAGCAGAUAGGAUUGCCUCCUGGGAGCAGCAGGGAGUGUGCUUAGUCUCUGGAGGUAGCUCGGGGCAUAGAAGUCCUUCAGGAGCCCCAUUCAAGCUCUGUCUAAACACUGACUUUGGAGGCGGAACGAGGAGUGACUGUGUCAAUGCUGGUGAAGAAAAAAUGAAGGAGGACAGGUUUACUGAACAGAGCAACACUUUGAAAAACUUAGCAGAGGCAACCCUGUCUUCUACACUGCAGGAGUGGCACUGGAACGACUGCCGUUCAGUCGGUCAGGAUGAUCCAGGAGAUCUUUUCCUUUUGGACUCUCCCCCAUUACCCGAGCAGCAGUGGCAGAAUUCUGCAUGUUCCUCAAGCCCUGGGCAAGUUAAGCUCAGAAGAGCACUUCAGAGCCACCUUCCUCACGACAGGAGGGCUGUGAGCAUGUACAGUUUCCCCAGCAAAGUGGAAUCUGCAUUAAGAGCUACCCAGACGAAGCAGGGGAGACCCAAGAGUAUCUGCGUGGUGGCGGGUGGCAGGACAGUGGCUGGAUUCAUCUCUGAACCAACCUCCCCACUCUCCCAGCCACACAGCACAGUGAGUAGCCUGAUUGAGCUUUUUAGGCAGCAAAAAGUAAAGGAAGUGGAUCUUCAUGGUGGGACUACUGGUAACGCCAAGAAGAACCCAGUAGAGGCCACUAAGGUUCUGGUCAUCCCCCAGGAGGUCUCCUUGAGGCAGAGACCCAAGGACAAGCACAGAACGGUCAGCAUGUCCUUCUUGGAGAUCAACAAGCUGGUCCCGCGAGUAGAACAGCUGGGCUCUGAGGACGAUCUUGAGUCGGAAAGCUCCUCUGUCUUCAGCCGGACCAGCAUCGGCUCCAGCUUCCUGAGGUCUGGAUUCCGCUGGAAGAUGUUUGGGAAAUCUGCUGGGGAAGACGGGAGGUCGCCCCAGCAGGGCACAAAAGAGGAAAGCCCAAAAAGGACCCUGGCAUCUUUCAGGAGAAGUCUGAGCUUCAGAAUAAGGAGAGGGCUUAAUAAAGGGGGAAGUAAGGAGCCCAAUGGCCGCGUCCGUGCAAAAAGUGACGGAGAUGCCAAUCUCUAUCCCCAGCGCCCUUUCUCUUAUUUGAACGGGGGACUCCUGCCACCUCUUCCUGGCAAGACGGGGUCCCCCACAGAGGAGAGUGUGUUUCACUACAUGAGGUAUCAGAGCAAAGAGAAGCUCAGAGUCCUGGAAAUCCCUGUUAACCCCAAGCUCUCCAAACCCAGUACAGACGAGCCUAGUGUAUGGAGGUUGCUGACUGAGCGUUUUAGGAAAAAGGAACAAUCUCCCCCCGACAAAUCUGAAAUAAACACAGAGCCUGUAAAAAUCCCCCUGGCCAGGAAAAAGAGACCAGAGCUUGUUGACAUAGAGACACUUACUGGCACACAACGCAGUGGAACUCAAGACUCCUUUGUGAACAGCCAAGAAUGGACGUUAAGCCGGUCGGUACCAGAGCUCAAAGUGGGUAUUGUGGGCAACCUUUCAAGCGGGAAAUCGGCACUGGUCCACAGGUACCUGACUGGCACAUACGUACAGGAGGAAUCCCCUGAAGGUGGCAGGUUUAAGAAGGAGAUUAUUGUGGAUGGACAGAGUUACCUCCUUCUGAUCAGAGAUGAGGGAGGGCCCCCGGAACUACAGUUUGCUGCAUGGGUUGAUGCUGUGGUCUUUGUCUUCAGUCUGGAAGAUGAAAUCAGUUUCCAGACAGUUUAUAAUUACUUCCUGCGGCUCUCCAGUUACCGAAACACAGCUGAGGUCCCCAUGGUCCUUGUUGGCACGCAAGAUGCAAUCAGUGCUGCAAAUCCCAGAGUUAUUGAUGACUCCCGGGCGAGGAAAUUAUCCAAUGAUCUGAAGCGAUGCACUUACUACGAGACCUGCGCCACGUACGGUCUCAAUGUGGAGCGAGUGUUCCAGGACGUUGCCCAGAAGGUGGUAGCUUUAAGGAAAAAGCAGCAGCUUUCUAUCGGUCCCUGCAAGUCUCUGCCAAACUCUCCCAGCCACUCCUCCGUCCCCUCCUCCUCCUCCAUCCCCUCGGUUCACAUUAACCAGGCGACCAAUGGCAGUGGCGGGUUCAACGACUAUUCCUCUUCUGUCCCAUCAACUCCCAGCAUCAGCCAGAGAGAGAUGCGGAUCGAGACCAUUGCGGCCUCCAACACACCCACUCCUAUCCGCAAGCAGUCCAAGCGCCGCUCCAAUAUCUUCACAUCUCGAAAAGCCAGCGAGCAGGCAAAGAGCAUGGACUGCAAAACAGACAACAUUGGAAGUGGACGGGCCAUUCCUAUAAAACAGGGUAUUCUCCUCAAGAGGAGUGGCAAGUCUCUGAACAAGGAGUGGAAAAAGAAGUAUGUCACGCUUUGCGACAACGGUGUCCUCACCUACCACCCCAGCCUACAUGAUUACAUGCAGAACGUCCAUGGCAAAGAGAUUGACUUGUUGAGGACAACGGUGAAGGUACCUGGCAAACGACCACCUAGAGCUGUGGCCACAACGGCUCCUACUGCCAGUCCCAAAACCAACGGGCUCAUGAAGGACAGGAGCAACCUGCAGCUAAUGCCAGGGAACAGUGCUAAUGGGACCGCAGACUCUCUGUGCUCCAGCCCCAUUGUGUCAUGCACAACCAGCCCAAAGUUGGAUCCCCCACCAUCUCCCCACGCCAACCGCAAGAAACACAGGCGGAAAAAGAGCACAGGUGCAACGAAACCAGAUGGGCCCACGACGGGCAAUGAAGAGCAAGAGGAGUCGUUUGAGUUCAAUAUUGUGUCGCUGACUGGUCAGAUGUGGCAUUUUGAGGCAUCCACCUAUGAUGAGAGGGAGUCUUGGGUCCAGGCUAUCGAGAGCCAGAUCUUUGCCAGUUUACAGUCAUGUGAAAGCAGCAAAAACAAGUCCCGGUUGGGCAGUCAGAGUGACGCACACACCAUCCAGUCAAUCCGUAAUGUCAGAGGGAACAGCUUCUGUGUGGACUGUGAGGGGCCUAACCCAGACUGGGCCAGUUUGAACCUCGGCGCCCUGAUCUGUAUCGAAUGUUCUGGAAUCCACCGGAACCUUGGCACACACCUGUCACGUGUGCGCUCUCUAGACCUGGACGACUGGCCAGUGGAGCUCAGCAUGGUGAUGACGGCUAUCGGCAACGCCUUGGCCAACAGUGUCUGGGAGGCCUUGGUUGAGGGCUACACCAAACCCACUUCAGACAGCUCCAGGGAGGAAAAGGAGUGCUGGAUCAGGGCAAAGUACGAGCAGAAGUUGUUUGUGGCGUCGCUGCCCCAGUCCGAUGUGCCCCUGGGACAGCAGCUGCUCCGGGCCGUGGUGGAGGACGACCUGAGGCUGGUGGUGCUGCUCCUGGCCCACGGCUCCAAGGAGGAGGUGAACGAGACCUACGGGGAUGGGGAUGGAAGGACUGCUCUGCACCUGUCCAGCGCCAUGGCCAACGUGGUCAUCACGCAGCUUCUCGUCUGGUAUGGCGUGGAUGUGAAGAGCAGGGAUGCCCAUGGCCUGACCCCACUAUCCUACGCACGGAGAGCUGGCAGCCAGGAGUGCAUUGACAUCUUGAUCCAGCACGGCUGCCCCAACGACAACUUCAUUCCCAUCCCCACACCCAACCUAUCCCGCCGCAACACCAACAACAACAAUGCCCAGUGUGAGCUGAACCGCAGCGCCAGCAUCAUGUAACCAGGGUGGGGAGGGAGGGGGGCAGAGGGACAACAACCACCUGUUAGACUUAAGGUUAAUAGACUUAGUCUGCUAGGUGGAGAAGGGGUUCCGUGGCAAUGGAAAACGGGUAUGCAAGUGGGGAGAGAAGACAAAGGGAUUCGGAGGGCUUGGGGCUGCAUCCUGGGGGAUUUUAUUGCCAUACAAUACCCUGUAUUAUAAUGAAAGAGUUACAGCAGUGAGUGACAAGGGAAUAAGUGACAUUGCUUUUAGUGGGACUUCCUUCAGUUCUGAAGUUACCUGCUGAACUUCAGGCCUUUCUUUUUUUGUUUAUUUGCUUUUUGGACCAUUUGCAAGAUAGGCACGAGCUAUAUGUAUCUGAAUCAGUUUAAACUAAAGGUGAAACAGUGACAAAACACUACACAGAGACUUAAGGGGAAAAAUACUCUGAAAGACAAACAUCAGCCAAGAAGUUUUUUUUUGUUAUUAUAUAUACUAUAAUAUUGGGGAAAUGUGACUCUCUCUUUUUCUCUUUUUUUAUUUUAUUUUAUUUCCAUCAAGCUAAAUCAGUGUUCUCAGCUUUCAGGAUUUCCCCUGGUGUUUGACCCUCAGCGCCUGUCCUUCCCAUGGAAAUCACAGGGCAUCCUUGUUGUGCUGAGAGAAAAACACUGCAGUCUUCUCAGUCUAGACAUAAGAUGCUUUUUGUAAUAUUAUUGGACAUGUUCAGGUGACUUGCUCUUCUGUGUUUUUAGGGUCUGUUUCAGGUACCGGUUUCAUCAAGCAUACAGUUUUAUUGAUGUUUUGUGUGUGUGCGGUGUUCACCGCUUCUAGAUAAUGUACCAUACUAUCAGUUUUAUUGUCACCUUGUACUAUGCCCUAUAUUUCAUGCUUUAUCCCAGUAGUUAACCAUACAUACUGUGUUUUACUGCAGACCUGUUCUGUAUCCUGUCAUAUUGCCUUCCUGGAUGUAUGAUAUUCAGUGUUGAUUGCAUUCCUUAACUGAGUAGAACUCUAUAUACCCCAGCGUUAUUACAGUGGAAAUUGUUUCUUAUCUUACUGUAUUAUUAUGUUGUUGAGGUAAAACUGUAAAUGAAAGGAAAAAAAGUAGACAAACAGCAGGAUUUCAUCCAAGUAUUAGUAUUAUUUGAUAAUAGAUAUUUGAGAAAUGGCAAACUCCCAAAGAUCGUUCGUAGCUUGUUUUUCUUUUAUACUAUAAUAUUAUUGUUGUUUUUUUAUUAUAGUUUUGUCAGCUACUUGCCAAUAUUCUGUUCCUUUUCAUUCAAGUGAAAAGGGUGCAUCCCUGUGUUGUGUGAAUACGUGGUUAUUUCUGCACAGAACUAAGGAACAUUCAAAAAACUCACAUGCACCUAUGUUAUAAGCCUGCCACGCUAUUGGGGAAUUAACAAUCUCAGUUUUGGGGGAAUUAACGAUCGCAAUUGCAUCCAAUUUAUCAAUAGAUUAUUGACUCUGCAAUCAUGACUUUUGUGAUAUACUCACAGGAGCUGAUCAGUCACUUUGUUGUGCCUUGUAAGCAGUAAGAUGGAGUGAAUGAUCUAUUGGAGGUGCUUUAAACUUGUAGCUGAAUGGAUGGAGUGAUUUGUUUACUCUGCACCUACUGGAAGCUGUGUGAUAUCCUCACUAGAGAGGACUGUCUUUUAUAUUUGGUUCUUUGUUUUCAGGUUAUAUAGAUUUUUUCCCCCAAACAAUCUAUAUAUUGAAAAUUUAAAGCAUAACACCAAGUAAUAAUUCUAGUUUAUUCCUUUUUAGAUACUGAUCCUUCAUAGUGCUUUCACCAUAGUGUUGAAAGGUUCUACAUCCUGCAAUGCCAUAGAGAUUAUUUAAAUUAAGUUUAAAAGGUUGAAUGAAAAUGUCAGGGACUAUGAAUACUUGUUUGUUUGUUCUUAAAUGUUCACAAAUAAGGUUAAGCACAUCUGAUGCAUUGUUCUGCAGCUUUAAAAUGUAAAGUCAUACUGUACAGAAUUUUCACCAGAAAUCCAUUAGAAGAAACUGAUUUUCUCCUGUUUUUUAAAAAUUAAAAAUGAAGACAAUAUAAUAAUAGAACACUCGUAAAACAGAAAGGUUGUUGGUUUUCAAUCUGUGUUUUAGUACUAAAAACUUUGGGUUUUGCACUAUGCAAAUAUAUUGGAAAUGACUUCAUCAUGCUGUUGGUUUGAGGCAUCCUAACCAAAGUUAUAGGUGGGCUUUAUUGUAGUUAUGCAUUAUUUUACACUUGAAUAAUUGAUCAGUUUCCUUUGCAGUAACAGUUUUUUACAGAAGUUUGCCCCUAAGACAACCAAAGUGAUUGUUCUGAAGGUUCUUUGAUGAUUACAAAUCAGAGGGCUUAUCAAGCAGUAAGGUGCUUUAACCGGUAACUAUUGUUUCUUUCAAAUCAUGUUCUGAUUUCUUCUGUGGUACUCUGAUCAGCUUAACCAGUCCAUCAUUAUCCCUGUAGGAGAUUCUCUUGUAUGUUAUAAAUGACUUAUUAAACAGUAAAACACAGUGCAAACACUACCAUAUGCCAUACAGUGUUUGUAACGCAGGAUGACAAAAAUGACAGAAGCAAAGCAACCUUUGGCGAUAAAUAUACUUGAUGCAUGAUCUUAUAUUUAUAAGUGUGAAAUAUUUUUGAAGGGUUUGUUUAAGUGGGGGAUGUAGGUGGAUGUGAUGGGAAACAGGUUCAAUUCUAAGUAUAUCCUGGUACACAGCCAAGCCUAAUAAUCAGUGACUGCUCUCAUUCAAUUAUCUGCUGCAAAAUGCUGAACUGCUAAGAGUGUAGGGAUAUAGAUUAGAGGAAGAGGCAUGGGACCAGUGGACAUGUAGGUAGGGUCCUGCAUUAGCUAUUGUAAACUGUGUGUGUGUGUGUGUGUGUGUGGGUGGGUGAGCGCGCGUGUGCGUGCGUGCGUGUCGGAGAGAGAGAGGUUGUGUGAACGAGUGAAUGCAAAUUUGUUUAAAACAUGGUGUUGUAGUACAUGUAGUUUCCUCCUAUACAGGUCUGUUUUGUAGUCAACAGUACUUGAGACUUGCUUUGAAACUUCAACACCACACAAGUAAUAUCCAACAGUAUGGAGACAUUUUAUUGCUAGAGGGUUGUCUAUUUUAUAUUUUUAUUUUCCUUUAAAUAUAAAUACAAUUUUUAAAUUUGAAUUAUUUUACAGUUCAGUAGCAUCUGCCAUUGGCAGAUUCUGUCGAGAGCACAUCUGAAUGUCCCAACACUACCUUGAUCAUGUGAUUGCCUGUAUAAAAGCAACCUUGUUUUAAAACAAAGCUACAAAGAUAAAACUGACCACCCAAAGGGUUGAGUUGGGAAUGAGUUUACAAUAAUAAAAAAAUAAAUAGAAAAAGUGCUGUAUUACUUUCAAUACUUAGUUUGCAGUUUUUUUUUUUUUUUUUUUUUUUUUUUUUUUGUUCUUUGGUUUUAAUCUAAUAAAUGACCAGAAAAGCAACUGAUUUCCCAGAUUACAACAUGAGAGCUUGCGAGCAUGUGUCAGGGUGGAUCAGCCUAAACAAAGUUAAAAGAAGGGGACCUUUUUUGACAGCUGCACUACAGACAAUACUCUUAAACUCUAUGUAUAAUGUGAAGGCAAGCAAUUGAUCAGUCAGUAAUUGGGUGAAAAUUUAUAGAAAAUAUUCAUGUUUGAAACAAACAUUAUUCAAAUGGAUUUUAUCCAGUAGAAAAUUUCAGGUAAUUUGUAUUUAAACACUGUUAGUAUUCAGCCUAUACUGAUAUAUUUAUAAAAUGAAAGCCUGUUUUCUGAAUGCAUUAGUAGAGGUAUGCUGAAGACUCCUUCCUUAUGCUUUAAGUGGUCUCUGAGGAAGAAAAGCCUGCUAGCGUAUUUCACUGGAGAAAGCGGUGAAGCCGCUCAAGCAGUAUCUAGCUCCAGUCCUUUGUGGGAAAGUUUCAAAGCAAAUCUGAAUGAGGGGCACACCUGGGACAAUGUUCGGCCAGGCAGGAGGAGUGUUUGCGAUCACUAUCUACCCUCUGAUGAGGCUGCAUGUGGCUCUCUUACCCCCAAUCAUGUAUGCAAAUCCUUUCAAAAAUCAUAUAGGUAGAAAUGUUCCCCCUGGUCUUUCUUCUGGGAUCGGUAUUUGUUCUGUAUAGUUAGUUAUAAAUCUAAAAACACACAAUAAGUUCUUUUAGGUUUGGCUACAGUUUAGCAAUGAUAUAGAAAAGAACUGACCCUACUUGAAUGAUGAGCACUAGAAAGUGGACAGGGGUCUAGCACACUCUUAAAAGACACAUCUAACACAAAAUCCAUUCAGGUAUACCAUUGGUUUCCUAUACAGGAGCCAUAGCUGUAAUUUGUUUUUUUAGUAUUGAAGGUACUAUGGUAAUGUUGCCAUGCUUCUACAUCACCUGCCCUUUGAGGUACUCCAUGUAUGAUAAUGUACAGUUUGAAAUAUUUAUAUUGCAGUAUGUAAAUAUUGUUUGAUUUUUUUUUUUCUGUGUUUAAAAAAAAAAACUGCUGUGUGCGUGGAUGACUGUUGACCAAUUAUAAAUGCUCAAAUAAAACAAUGUAGCUGCACCCAAAUGAUGGGGAAAUGAA